UCUGCUUCAGGAUACUUUGGUGCAUUUUCUUCCGAACAAGGUAUUGAACCACUAGGAAAUAAAAUUUUAAAAACCUUGCCCUGCUAGUCUAUAUAAACAUGACAUCUUCCAAAUUUGUCACAAUUCAUUUUUUUUUUAAUCUCUGUUAUCAUGUUACUUCCUCAGCACCUACUUAUUUGCCGGUGUGUUGUAAAAUGCAACGUUUGGGGAGAUGAACAAAGCUUCAGAGCCAUGGCCACAUGGUUGAAUUAUUAUUAUUUUAAUCACAAAGCAUCCCAGACCCCACCCCUUUUAACAUCGAAAUCAACCCUUUUUAGUAUUUUUGGUAACUUUAUGCAGCUUUUGCCAAUGCAAUUUUGCAAAGUAUGUGCAGUUGUGCUUCUAAGAUGGCUUGUUACAGUUUUCAGAAAAUAAAGGUAACCAUUUUGAUUAAAAAAAAAUCUAAUUUACAAGCAACAGGAGGCUUCUAUUAGGGUAUUGCUACUAUCACCUUUUGUAUUAUGUUAUCGCUGUAAAGAAACUAGACCUUUUUAGGACUUUUUCUCUGAAAAACAUCACCUUAACAUUUCAGGAUUUGAAACUGAAUUAGAUUUAGAAGAACGUGUGUCUGGUAUCGACCAGUCGAAAUAUCUUAACUCAAGUCUUUUUACGUUUAGUAAGAAGAGACCUUAAUAUUUGGGUAAAAGGAAAGAAACUUGGUGCAGGAACCUUUGGAAAGGUAAUGUACAUGUAUAUGAUUUUAAAGGUAUAUUUUAGAAUACACUGAGUUGAAUUACGAAUGUACUUAUUUGUGUUUCCCAUUUUUGGGGUGGUAGGGAUUAGAGUGGACGCUGACUUAAAAAUGUGAUGUGUAGGGCAACCAUACUCUCUUCAAGGUUGAAACAUUCUUUGUAACGUCCAUAAAUGAAUACCUUUUUUUUUAAACGUUUUUGAUACACAUACAUGUCUGUGUUGACUUAAACUCAGACGAUAGUGAUGUUCUCGAGGACGGGUUCUACCCGGUUCUAAUAGAAUGCAGUAUAAGCUGGAAAUAUCGUUUUGAAAAUAUUGCGUUGAAAAUAAGUAGAUCAUAUGGGAUUAUUGCGAAACUUAAGUAUUUUGUGCCACCAAAUACUCUACUGCGCAUUAUAAAAUAUAAGCGUUAAUUUUUCCCUAUAUAUUUUAUUGUCUUAUUGACUAACAGCAUGGGGUCUUGCGAGUAAACUCUACCUGACGAAAAUUUAAGAGCGACGGUCAGGAAAUAUCGACCAUCGAGUGGCAAGAGUUGAAAAAUCGAUUGCCUUCAUUUUUUGUCCAUAAAUAGCGUUUAGGUAGAUAAGUAAUCUCAUGUAAGUUGUUCUCGCUAAAAGCCUUUUAUUUUCGAGAAAAGUAAGAAUAUCAGUUUUCGUGGUCGGAGUCUCAAAACUGCGGCCGUAUUUUCAACCCGAAAUUUGCUAACAUCGACUCUCCUCGCGUUCGCAAAUAAAGCCGCAAGGAGAAAUUUGGACACUUUUCAUCAAUAGAACAACUCUUUUUCUUUCACUAGAAGAUACUUUCAAAGCACAUAAUUCAGAAACGAAGAACAGGUUUUUACACAGGCGGCCCAAGCGAACUAUGUGUGGGUUCGGGUUUCAGAGGUCAUUUGGUCGGAAUAUACUAGAAUUAUUAGUGUAUUAUCUGAUGCCAAAUAAAUGCAAAAAGACUUAAAGAUAUGAAGUCUUCUUGUUUGUCUAUCAGUACUAGUAGCCUUUAAGAUAACGAAGGUCGAGAUUUAUUGCAUUAUUACAUGUGAUACGGGCCCUUAUUGUUCAAAUUUUAUCACAUGUAUUGGAAUCUACAACGCUAAGGGACCGUUCAUUUUUUACGAGGUAGGGGGGGGGGGCUGGUUGAAUUUUUUGAACCCCCAUUACGAAUUACCAUGCCCCCCCACUCAGUCCUCAUUUUUUCUCAUGCCCCCCAAAGACGGUCAUUUUUUGGGUGAACCCCCAUUAAAAGAGACAUGAUCGUAAUUUAACCUGACAUGCAUAUAUUUUGCAGUGCACAAUAUGAUUUGCAUUUUCUCUUCAAUGUAAAGCUGUCGACAACUCAUUCUACAGAUGUAGCAGCCACUUCUGUUAAUUCAAAAAAUAAAUUCUGUCCAUUUGCUAAGGCACUUCUUCACUAUUUUUCAAAGUGAAAAAGUCGAUUUCCGAUCUUCCGUUUAUGGAUCUUCCAGAGCGUGUCGUUGCUAGGCUCUCAACUUCUUCCUCGUCAUCGAUAAAGGCAAGUAUGACAUCUUCACCCCCAGAGUUGAUGGAAUUAAAAACUUGCAAGAGGUGACAGGCCGCACAUCUUCAUAGGCGUGAAACCUUUGAAAACCUUUUACAUAUUGCUCCAUUGAGGAGAACUCUUUCAGGGAUCUUACAGUUUGAAAUUUGAACGUUGAUAUAGCUUUUAUAUAGCAGACCAAGAUACGGCUCGGUACAGUUUAUGUUCAGCAAGGGAAAAUUGUGUAAGGUGAGCAGAACCUUUAAAAUGUACAACAGACAAUUUAUUCAGUUCGCGCGUAUUCCUGUUGAAUUUGUAGUCCGUUUAUGAGAUUUGUCUACUCAAAAAUAUAAAAACUUUUCCAUAGCUGCUGUAAUCUUAGGGUGUCUGCUUUUAAUAUCUCCGUAAAGUCUACGUUUACGCGAUCUCAGAGAACAAUGUUCAGCUGUACACAGCACGUAGUCUUUAAAUAUAUCCAGAUCUAACACUGGUUUUGUGUAUUUAUCACGUCUUUAGGAGAAGCGUGAUUUAAAUACAUUAUGAUGCUGUGUCCUUUGAAUGUCGCUUUGAAACUCAAUCGCUUUGUAAAUGUGACUAGUAGUUUUAAUAUCGGAGGAGAGUAUUUUAAAGCUCGAUAUUUUUCAAUACCAUUGGCACUUGUUUUUUUACCAAUCAGUUGACUGGCUUCUUUGUGCCGCUACAUAAUGUCUGCAGUUAAAUAUAAGUUUACAACCAAGACCGGCAGUUUCGAAUCUCACGAUUCUCAUCAGUUGCUAUGUGGUGGGAUGGUUUCAGGUGAAUUCUGAACCAUUCCGUAUUGCUUGAUUUGGUAAGCGUUUAUGAUCCACCCUGGUUUGUUUGGAGGAUCGAAAAUGGUACGGUUUGAUUGGUUCCUUGCAAAAAAACAAUCAAAAUGAGAAAGAAUGGCGAAAGCAACCAGUCUUUCAAGAAUAGGUUCACUGCCGAAAGCUAAGAUCGCGGCAAUUUGAUCUUUUGCAAUCGAAAGAGGUUGCCGACCAAAAUGCAGACGGCUGCUCGAAAAGAGCAUGUGAAUUUCUCAAGCCAGGAUAUCAGCUUAAGCCCAGUGAUGGCAGGAGAUUGAACUCUUCGAUUAAAGAGCACCAAAGUAUGCUUGGGAAACUGAAAAGCGUAGUGAAAGCCUUGAAAGAACAUGAUUCUACGCUUUUCCAGUCAAAUGGACUUAUCUUGAAGCAAGGAGAAGAAUUUGCUCACAACUUCAAUGUAAAGCAGAUCAAGUGCGUCGAGGCUAAGGUGCAAAAGGUAACUCGGGAUACAGAGACACUAGAAGAAAGUAAAGACAGUUUUCGUAGCAUUUUCAAGGGCCUACAUAGAGACCGCAUCAGCAAGGGAAGGAGAAAAAAAGAAAACCGUCGAAAAUCGAAUGCAAGAAAAAAGAAAAGGUUUGAAAACAACGUCCAACGAGUGUAUAGGUAAUGAUCUUCCGAAAUGUCUUCUGUAUCCUCCUUGCCUUGCCGUGCCUGAAGGGUGCAUCGACAUUGAGAAAGUUUCCGAAUUGCUUUUUGAUCGAGAUGUGGCAUACAUUGCACAGCUCUUGCAAAGAAACCAUUUCAGCAACGCCGCAGGAAGCAGAAUUAUCACAAACCUCAAGCCGGAGGUUAGAGAUAACGUGUACUGCUUCAUGUACCCUGAAGAGUAUGCUAUGACUGAAAACGACGAAAGCGACUCUAGCAGCAGCACGAGCGAUGAGGAAGAGCUUGGCAAUGAUGACGAAGAGGAACAUGAGCAGAGAAACGUUGCACAGUACUGACCUGAUAAAGAAUCUUUUAAUGAUAGUUUCCUAGCUUUGAAAGUUGUUGUCGUGGAACUGAACGCUGUCAUGUAAACGCAGAACCAAAGGUUUUUGAUACAUUUAUGUACCUUUUGUUUGUUUCUGUAUAUGUAGUUUUAUUUAGUAAUAAAACAUCAUGUCAACUCUACAUGAACUAAAAUAUUUCGCGUAACCCCCCCCUUCCCUCCGUUUUUUUUGGAAUGCCCCCCCCCUUUUAAGCCGUUUUUUUGGGGUGACCUCCCCCCCCCCCAAAUCCCACCAGCCCCUCCUACCUCGUAAAAAAUGAACGGUCCCUAAGACAAAAAAAAUCAUGAUCACGCGAAAUAUUGAUUCAAAAAGCUCCCUUACCUUUAGUUCAUAGCCACUCUGUGUCCUACGGCUGGUUUAAACGCCGUUUAGUCGACUUUCUUUCCAUCGAGUACUGAACACUAUAAAAGAAGUGUAGAAGUAAUUUUUUUUUUGCAGCUGAGCAUGGAUGCAAAUUUAGAGUAGCUGACUGAUGGUGAACCAUUUGGUUUGAUAUUUUGUUCAGCUUCAGUCAGCUACUUAAUUUGAAUCCAUGCUGCAAGAUACGUGCGACUAAAUGUUUGCAACGGACGAUAGCUCUGUAUCAGUACAAACUGUUUAUCCUAUUCCCAUUUUACUCAAAAACCUUGGACAAAAAUCAGGGAUUCUUUUUAUUUCUCGCGACGUGAGCAACCUCCUUUAUGAUUACGACUCUGUACUUUACAAUGUGACUGAAUAAAUAUUCUGCUUAUAAGGACUCCGUCUAUUUGGUUUUUGCUUGAUCGUAACGCUCUGCGCUUUUCAUUACACAUGGCCGAAUCUGUAGCAGGGGAAAUCCAGAAAACCAAGUGCAGUGUGAUUGUUCCUUUUUUUAAUCUUCUUCUUGUAACGAGUCUCAGAUCUCAGUUUAGUUUAGUUUAGUUUAUCUCUGUGUUCAGUUUGUAUUUUCUGCGGCAGCCCUUCAUUUCUUGGUAAGAUGAAUAAGUAGAUUAAUGGUUCUGUGGUCUAAAGAAGUUUAUGCCUUGCAUUUCUUUUCUGAGAACAACCCUGAACUUUGACCAGUUUUUUUUUUUUCGUCCAUGGGCAAAUGAAGACCUCUUUUUCUUAACGAUCAUGGGAUCCUAUACGUCUGAAAAUAAUUGCAGUGGUCAAUGAAGGCGCAAAAGUGCUGGACACAUGUACAACAUUAAUGGGCUUGCCUGACUUAGCUUCUGAUGGCUCACCUCUUUGCGGAACCUAUGUUUCUCUUCGGAUGUGCGUUGUGUAACACUUCAACUUACUGCAUGUUAACUUUAUCACUGAGUUGCGUGAAUUAUGCUCUGCGCGGGGAAUUUCCAUUACUCCAUAGACUCUUACAAGAUAUUUUUACAUACGCAUUGUUUUGGCUACCCAGAGUUUGUCUUUCCUUUAAAAGCAGCUUCCCUAUUAUACUAUCUCGUUUUCUUGAAACAAACGUUUGCUGGAACCAAAGUUCUUAUGCGAAGGUAACAACACUUUUCCUUAAAUGAAAACACAUUUCCCUCUUAUCAAAUUCAUGGGCAUUGGAGCUUAACCUGCUCAAAAACUCUGCACUGUUGUGCAUCGUAAAGGAUUAGUUAAACUAUCCUCCCCUCCUCUCCAUUCACUUUUAACAAGAAGAAAACGAAAAGCUUCAAAAAAGUGAAACCGGUAUAUCGUAAAAGCCUGCAAAGCAUUAUCUUGCUGGAUUUUUGAGAGCGUACCGAACGAAAAUUGCAGUCUUCUGACUGAGAAAAAAGACCAAAGGCCGAAGGCAAAAUGAGCCCGAAAAUUCUCCUAGAAAAGGACAAGGAAAGGGAAAAUAGAGUGAGCGAAGAGAAAGAAAGAAAGAAAGAGAAGAAAAAAAAGCAAUUUCUGCACUGCUAGUUUUUUUUUACUUCUGUUUGAGAACCCUAUUUUUUCUGUAACGUUAUUCAAAAAUCUAGCUCAUAUAUUUUUCUUACCUUUGUGCCUAACAGAAAUCUGAUUUAAAAAGGAUGUGUUUUAAAACCUAAUGAUUGAGUAAAGGCUUUCAUUUUUCAGAUUUAAAGCCUUUCGACUAAAUUUGUUGUAGUUUUACAGCCAAAAGUUCACUCUAUUGCUCUGUAAGCCUCCUGUUAUUUUGGCGGGGUUCCUUGAGCAAAGCAUGGGCUUCCUGUGCAAAAGUCAACCGUGUUAAAUAUUUAACAUUUAUGAAAAAAAGAAACACGUCGUUCUUAUCUUCUUUCACUUUCCAUAAAAGUAGCAAACACAUUUUGCGCAUUUUUUGUUUGAACGUAUAAUUUCAACUAACGUUGGUUCCCUGCGUUGAAAGCUCAAAAUUUUUUGACGGAUUUUUAGUAUGUUGCUAGAUAGGCCACCCUUACUUAAAUGGCGUUGAAAUCAAUUCUGAUGCAAUUAGUUUGAUGUUGACCCUCAAAAAUGCCUAGAUUGACGGGACUAUGUGGCAUGGCUCCAAAUUUUCCCGGUCCUCGUUUAUUCACACAUUUAGACAUUCAUCUAAAGCAUACCUGAGAAUUGGCUUCGUUUCCUUUAGGCAGCCUCCAAACGAAAGCAUCAAAGUCCGGUAAAAAUAGUAAAGCGUGACCAAAAUAACUUAUUUAACGGCUCCAAGUUUCCUCGAUCGUAAAGAAAGAAGACGAAAUAUCUUCCUGUUCCGUCAUCCUUAGCGAAUUACCAUUGUUAAAGUCCAUAUUUUUCGGUAAAAAGUGAGUACCAGAAACAAGCGCGUUUGACUUUUUCUUCUUCAAAAUACUGUCGGGAUCGAAAAUAGCUGUAGUCACACUACCUCGAAGCGAUUUCUAGGGAAAAAUGAAAUACCGAGGUUGCUAGCCAAUAGACGCUCAUCGGCGAAAGUCUUGAUGACAGAACCGGCCAUAGCUCACGCUGUGAAAGAAAUUUUAGGGGCACGAGUCGUCUACGUCUUCGCCUUUCUUCACCUUGCACGUUGAAUUAGCGUAAGAAAUAACACUGAGAUAAAAGAAAAAACGUCUCUUUGAUCAGCUAGAUCCCUGCGCAUCUUGCCUUUUUAAAUUUACGCUAAAAAAAAUUCAACUGGCGUGGAAACCUUGAGAGCCGAUAUCAGUAGUGUGACCUUCCCAGAAUUUUUCACCUAGGCAAAACAAAUCCCGAGAUGAAUUUACCUCGGGAGAUUUUUGAGGUAAGUUACCUAGAGAAAAAUCGGUCACACUUUAAAAUCACGUUUCCCUAGGUAAACUGUCAACAAGUCGAAUUUACCUAGGUAAAAAGUCUCUAGUGUGACCACAGCUAAUGUUACUCUUUCAAGAACUGCGUUGCGUUACUACCGUGAUUCCGUGACUGUCAUUUUAACUCUCUUCAAACGCACGUUAUGUCACGUGCAGUCACGGAACAGAUUGUGACGCAGAGUCGCCAAUCUGGUAGGGUUCAGCGUUUCGAAAUAUCUAAAACUGACUGACUCAGUUUCACCUUUUUACCCCACUCUUUGAUUGGAAAAAAGAAAUUUUGCCAUGGGAAAACGUACAAGAAGUACCAAAAAACGAGCUUUUAGGCUAUAAAUAUUUACUUUUGUGUGUUUCGAAAUUGGAAGUGUUUACACAAUUACCGCCGGCCUGCUAUGAACAUUCCUGAACUUCGAUGGUGUCUUACGGAGAUUACAUUCAAUUACCCAAGCCAAUUCCCAGGUAUGUUUUUAAUGAAUGUCUAAAUGUGUGAUUUAAAUAGCAUUAAGAGAAUUUGGAGUUAUACCACAUGUUAAAUAUUGCCGUCGAAAAUGAGUAAUGAACUUAAGUUUUUGUUAUCCUGAAAACUUAUCCCUCAUUUUUGAAUUAUUUCAGUACGACGAGCUUCGCUAUUGCCCUGAAAGUAUCUUUUAGUGGAAGAAAGAUAAUUUUUCUGUUCAUGGAAAGAGUCCAAAUUUCUCCAUGCGGCUUCGUUUGCGAACGCAUGGAUUGUUAAUGUUAGCGAAUUUCAGGUUAAAAAUUAGGGCAGUCUGAGACUCUGACAUCGAAAACCGAUCUUCUAAUUUUUCUUACAAAUAAAAAGCUUUCGACAGGAACAAUCUACUUUAGGUUUCCUAUCUACCUAAAAGCUAUCUAUGAACAAAAAAUGAAAGAAAUUGAUUUUUCAACUCUUGCCACGAAAUUAAGAUUUUGGUCGAUUUUUCCUGACCGGCGCUCUUAAAUCCUCCAACUGACGAGCACUAAGAUUUAUAUUUUCCGUAGAGAGAUAUGAACAUGCUGUCCUUCUGUUUACUGAUGCUGAUAUUCUACCACUAAUUUUCUUUAUUACGAAUCCGUUUUUGUUUAAUGCAUGAUACUACGAAAUCAAAAGGUAGCAAGAAACAUUUUGAACCUAUAUUCAGCGAUACUACCAGUUUUUAUAAUUAUAGCGGAGCUCCACCCGCGCGCGAAGCGUGCGCGUGUGGACGAAGCUCCAUAGCUAAGGAAAUGUGGUAAUCUACCCAUCCGAGAAAAUUUGGUAAUCACGUGACCGUACGCCCGACCGUCCGUCCGCACCACAGGGAAACCAAUGUUCUCUCUUCCACUUUCUAGCUAGUUUGGGAGCCCAAUAAUAAACUAAUUGCACAUCAAUGUUGUGAUCAAUUGACAGCUGUCAAAACAGGAUAUCCGCUGACCAGUGUCACCUGACCGUACCGCGGGCUCAAGUGUCGACCCAUCGAGGUCGAGUACUUUUUUGAAGUUAUCCGCUGACAAAUUACCAGUUUCAAAUGAUCGCAGGCUCAAGUCUAUUUUUUCCAAUGAUUCAUAUGAAAUAUCUUGUGUUUAUGUCACUAUGGCCCCGCACUGUCAAGAUUUUGAUUUCAAACUGACCUCGGACGCGAAAAUUCAGCCACUUUUUUAAAAAUAAAGGCGGGGAAGACCUUUUCUUACCAUGGUCACGCGUUGGUCACGCUCUACGUCCAAUUUUUGUACUCUGAUUGGUCAAAAUUUGACAGGUGAGUUCAUGCGGAAAAUUUAUGCAGCAUCUUGAAAGUUGUUUACUUUGACAUCUAAAGCUGACAGGGUUUUGUGUCAACUUGUGAUGUUUUUAACUGUCUUUUUCCACUGGAUGUACAAAAUGAAAUACAGCUGCUACCAAGAGUCUUCUGUUAGAGCGAUUUUCGUAUGACCUUGAAAAAUGGUUUCCGUACGUGUUUGUUACUUGUUUUAUCAGCCAAUGGAUGAAAAGAACAAAACAUGGACUCUUCGUUUUCCCGCCAAAGAAAACCCUAAUAUGGAGAAGGCAUUGUUCGAUUGACCAAUCGUGCUGCAGUAUGACGUCAAAGCAAUUUCUAGAAAGUUCUUCGGGCAUGAAAGUUUUUCAGCCGAGCGUUCGCUUAACCAGCCAAAAGCCAGGUGCCUUUGUAUCCGUUCGAUAAACCAAUCAAAUCGCUUUAUUUCCGUUCGUUUGUUGUUUUUGUUUUGUUCGCGCGUUUUCAUUUCAAGGUCAUACGAAAAUCACUCUAUCCAUGGCUGGUUUGUUUAUUGGGUUUUUGGUUGAGAAAUGCGUCGCUUGUCAAAAUUGGGUAAUCCGAUUUCGGAUGGCACCGUUUUCGUCUUUCACCUUGCUCAAUGCAUAAGAGGGUUUAAAAGUCUCAAGCAACUAUGGCCUUCCUUGAUAUCUUUCAGGAACUGAAUCUCGAAUGGUAAGCCUGAGUAAUUAUUGUAUUUGAUGUUUAUUUUUGUUAUAUCUAAUUUCAUGAAGUCGAGCACAGUUUAUGCGGCAAGUUUGUGCACGUUUGUUAAGAUGUGAGUCAAUGAUCUGAUCUAGUAUCAGGUUUGAUAUAAGCUUACAGAACUUUAAAAGGCCUUCAGAUUUUUUUUUUCACGGCUAAUAGAAAAAAAACGUUCCGAAGAAUAUUUAGUUAUAAAUUUGGCUGUAGAAAGAAAACUUUGAGUGAUUUUCUUGCUUCGAGGAGUUCAUCUUUGAAAAAAAAAACAAACACCGGGAGGCCGGCUGAAAGUAAAACAAAAUAAACUUAAGCUUAAGCUUUGAGCUUAAAGACUCAGGAUUUUUAGAGACACUUUAAUACUUGUCUUCGUGAAUGAAAAUUGUUGUCUCUGUAAAUGCUUUACCGAAUUAUAUUUCUUUUAUUGAUUGUUAGUAGUCUCUCUUGCAAUUUUAAUCGCUUGUCCGUGGUGUUUGUUUUCAUCGUUCAUGAACAUCGCUUGCAGGAGUACUUAAUGUCGCGCGUAUCAUCAAACGCUUUAUAAGAUUACACAUCGUUAUAACUGGAACCAUUAAAUAACAAAAAGUAAUAAUAAUAAAUUCGUUAUUAUGUUGAAGCGUAUCUCCAUUAAAGUUCAUUCAAACACUCAACCACACUGACAGCUCGCACUAAAAAUGAAAACCGGCUGGCCGUAUGGGUGAUUUUGGAAAUUUUUUGAACGGUUUCGCUAAAAGCCCACGAUUGAUCGUCCUGGACAUUGAAAAAUUGUGAAAUGCCGUAUUCUGUCCGAGGUCUGUAUGAUAAAAAGUACUGUUUCACCUGAGAUGUGAUGUAUAAAAAGUAUAAAAGGUUGGUUUACACACCCUCAGAUUUGUUGGCAAGGAUUUGUAAAGUAAACCUGUCGAACGCAAAAAAAUGCGGCCUGAUUUGUUUUCCAAGAAUUUGUUUUCGAGGCCUAAUCUACUGUGAUCAAGAGCCAUUAUGGCUCUUGAAUGUGAUAGAAGAUGUUUGCUAUUUUUUGGGUGUACAUAUAUUUAGGCUAUGAACUCGAUGUAAGAUGUUUCACUCUAAAAUAACUUAUCCUUUCCCUCAAAAGUCACAUGAAUGUGCUCUUAAGUUAACUGAUUUGUGGAUUAAAAGUUUAUUGUUUGAUUUAAAAUAUAAAUUUAUUAAUGGGAGCUUCGCUUUUAGCCCUGGCUAAAUCUAUAUAUUAAACUCGUUAUUCCUUGUCAAAUAAUUUUUAUAUCAAGAAAUCUUGCCUAUAAGUCCAAAAGAGAGCUUUUUCAAGAGUACGAGCUAAAAUUUGCAAUGAGAUACCAGCAUAUUUACGAGAGCUCCCCCCCCCCUACGAAAAAAAAACACACACACACACACACUUCAAAACGAAAUUCCACUCUUUCUCUCUUUCUAAAGAAUCGUAAUGACUAUAUUGACAUUUCCCAAAUUUCUUCAACUCUAAAAUGAUACAACAAAAGUUGCUUGAUUCGAAUUUAUUUAAUGAAACUGGUGAUAACGAACUUGUAAUUAUGUCAAAUGUAAAUUAACAAAACUUGGUGUAAGUGAAUAUGUUAAAUGUAAAUCUCCUUUUUGUAAAUUUUGUAAAUAUUAAUUAUCUCAUUGUAAUGCCUUAGUAUCACUGUUCCGCCUAGAAUAGCAAAUGCUACCUGCGGACAAGUAUCCUAGUAUCUUGUUUUCGCAAGUUGAGCUACGAGUCUGUGGGUAGAAUAAACAAUGAUUCCUUUGAUAGUCCUCACGACACUGUUUAUCUGAAAAUCCUGUGAAAAACACUGUUUUCUCGAUGUUUGUUUUCUAAGCCGGCCAUCCUUCCAUCCAUCCAUCCAUCUAUCCAUCCAUCCAUCCAACCAACCAACAAUCCAACCAUCCAUCCAUCCAUCGCUCCCUUCCUCCCAGAAAAAUUGUUUGAGGUUUCUGGAAAUUUUAUUUGUUAAGCUGCUCCCCAUUUCAGUGAAUAGUGCGCAUGUAUCUUUCCUUUGAAUACCCCAUAGGUGUUUAGUUUGACCCAUCGUGAGUCUGGAAUCAAGGUGGCAAUGAAAGAAGUCAAAAUUGAGUCUCAGUGUUCAGAAUCGCAAGAGGUUAGUCAUUUCACAAAGAUUACGAUUCGUGAUUAUUAUGAAGUAUUAUACUUGGCAGCAAAAAUGUCUCCUCUUAAAAUUGCUUCCAAGUAUAGUUAUGGUAUUGUGUUAUGCUCUUAUGGUUAUUAUGGAACAAAGUAUUGUUGUUGUUGUACAAAGUACCACCAACCACAGCAACCAGCAAGUUGUUACUAUAGAAGUAAAAGUAUGAGCACUGUAAUCUAGCCGUAUUAAAUUCUUUUUCUGCCACAUGUAAUGUUUUGGCAAUCAAUUGACUCACAAUAUAGUGGCUUGUCAAACUGGAAAAUUUGUUGUCCCCUAGAUUGAACUGACGUCAAUCUUUACAGUCAUCUUUUAAUAGUAGAUCUUGCUAGAAGUAACCACGACUGAAUGAUGUCCCUCAUUCUGCUCAGACAAUAGACAAAUGUAGCAAAGAAAAGGUGACAACGGAGACGACAACGCGCGGAUCUCAAAACCGACAUGAUCAGAAAGGCAAAAUGAGCACCAGAAGUCAGGUUCACGCUUUUGUGCGUUCUUCUUGUCUGUCAUCGCAUUCUCUUUGCUAAUUCUGUCUAUUGUUUCAAGGGUUGGGUCGAAAAACACAUUACAAUUAAUUCAAUGAUCAGUUUCAAUGAUGACACUGAUAAUUUUGGAAAGAUUUCUUCUUGUGACAGUCACGUGACUCUAAUACGUGGCAUUGGUUUCUACGAAGGGCGAAUGCGAACGUCACUUGAUACGCAGUUCUUGGGACUCACAGAGCAGGAAUAUAUAGGACAGUUGAGUUAUAUGCGUAAAAGGCCCAGAAAAGAUCAUCAAUAGAAAUGCACUCUUUAGGGCUCUCUUAUUCAAUAAUGGGGUAUACUACUAUUUCUUUCAGGGGGUUAAGCAGCUUGAAAAUGAACUUGUCAAGUUGAGAAGGCUAAGACAUCCGAGAAUUGUGCGUGUUCAUGGAAUUGAACAAAAGGGAGACGUCAUUUAUCUUUUUUUGGAUUUCAUGGCUGGGGUAAGACUUUUUAACCCAUAGGUGCCUAUUGGCCGUGAUAAGGUUUAUUUGCUUGCGCCAAAAGGUAGAGAUAAGCUGCACUAAUGCGCCCUGUCAUGAGUUAUUCCUUUUAACAGCAAACAGCUUUUGACUCCGAAGUUCUACAAAUGUAUGCGCGUCAUCUGUUACAUUAGCCUUAAUUUUAGUCUUCAGCCAUCUCCUCUAUUCGCAAACUCCCGAGAAAGACGUCUAAAUCAACGAGCCGUUAAUGCCGUCUGGUGAUGUCACUCUUUCCCCGAAAACCGAGUAGUGACAUUGGUUAGUUCAUUGUAGAAAUAUUCACAUAAUUAUGGGCAAUUAUGAGAAUACAUGUAUAUUAUAUUCAGCGGAUCGCAUGCUUGCGUGGAGUUUAAAAUUUCGACCAUCAUUAUCGUAAACAGGAAAAUGAACUUUUUCCAGUUCUUGUCUUUGAAACUAUGACUUGUUCAGUUAAUCUGCGGAUGAAGGAUCAAUACGGAAAGUCGGUAGGUUUUCAGUUAGAGCCUUUUGGGGUUUUCGUUAGUGCUUUUAUUACAGGCUAAAGCAGUCGCCUCAAUCAUGUGUCAAGCUAGCAAAUUAUCAAACUGGGUAAUUUCCACUGUCAAGUGUAAUUCUUCCUUGGCUUGCAUCCUUCGUGAAGGAACAGAUAGCUUUUUAGAAUUAAAGCAAAUUGAAGGAAGUGCCCGGGCAAUACAGGCAACUGUUAGAGAAUAGCGUUGAUAGUCAUUUAGUCAAAAAGAUCAGCAACAUUUUUUACAAGUCGCGUAAUAAAACAUUUCUGCCACCAGUAAAAUCGGAUUAUCUCAUAUAAUUGCCGUUAAAUGACUGUAAUUCUUCUCAAAGUUUCGUAGCCAUCACGUUAAAAUCGAAAAUAAGUUAUGACAAAACGUUCGUCAUAGAUCAAAGCACUUAUUUUAAAUAACGAACGUCCCUUAAAAAGUGACUUCGCGUUCUUUCAAUCUUUAUCGCGAUUAUUCCAACUCGCUUACUUUGUCACUGAAAUGUAGGCCAACAUUCCUGAAGCUGAAGUUGUGCAGCGACCCCCGCGACAAAGAAAUGUCAAGUGCUUAGAUUACCAAAAAGGAAAUCAAAGUGAAAAUUAAAGCUAGAAUGUAAGCAUAGCGAAAUUUUACAUUUUUUGCAGGGUUCAUUGCGCGACUUCAUAAAACAAAGCGGAAAACUUGAUGAACGGUUAACAGGGAAGUUCACACGGCAAAUACUUGAGGGGGUGGAUUAUCUACACGACAAUGAAGUAACUCACCGCGACAUUAAAGGUAAAAUCAGUUUGUCUUAGCCAGCUCAUCAUCCCCCCCUCCCCACCCCCCCGGAGUGAUUUAAGGCAUGGCUCCUCGCUCCAUUUUAGGCUUUUAUCAUUUAUUCUUGUUUUGUCUGCCGUCUCUUUUCAUUUUUACUUAGACAUAUGUGUUUAAGAUCCGAACCAUUUUUUGGACCUCACACUGUGCCUCUUAAGGUCACGUGACCAGCCACGCCCAUAAUUAUGCAAAACUUGAUAUUUUGAGAUUACGCCAUGAAAAUGACUGUCGAAGCCCCCUUUUAUUUUUCCAUAGUGUUCUGGAUCCGGCUAGUUUAGUGGUUUUAGAUCCCACCGGUCUCCUUUAGCUUUGAGUGGAAGAGCAUCCGGACUAGUAACCAGACGGUCAUAGGUUCGUCUUCUAUGGAGAGUACACGGAUUUUUUCUUCUGAGCAGCCCGUGUCACUGACUGAAUAAUCAUCUCUCUCAAAGAUCUUAUAAAUCAUGAUUUUUGUGUGGUGGGGUUUGUUAAUCGUUGAUCUCACGAUAGUCUCUCUGUUAUUAAUCACCGCGUUUCGUUCGUUCAAGGAGAUGGUCACAAUUGGCUGUGCGGGGCGGUUAGAAAGACCGUCACGGUGGUUUUUGGUGAUUGGUGCGUUUAGUUCCUGUGCUAAAAAUUGUUUAUCCAUCGGCCCACCGUAACUUUCUUCUCAGCGUCAUCUUUAUUUUUGCUAGGACCGAAUAUACUUUUGGACAGCGAUAGAUCUGUGAAACUGGCUGAUUUUGGUGUCUCAAAAAAAAUUCAGGUGAAGUAAUAAUAACUGAGAAAGUGUACAUUAUAACAUUAUCAAAACGUUUCCUCUUAUACUGUGGAGACAAGUCAGAUUUAAUUUCAUAUUAUUGAUAAACUGCUCUAAAUACCGUACAUCCAUUUUCCUUAAGUCUUUGGUUGAUAAAUGUCAAAAGUGUUAUUCCAAGAUUUCUUUUUUCACCAGAAAACGCUUUAGUUUGGAUGACUCUUCGUGACAUGCGACGAUUUUAUGUUAACCAUUCUUAGGCGUACGCUUUGAAUGUGGCACUAAAAUUAAUGCAGCUUGUGAAAAUAACUAAAUAGUAAGUAAAUGAAUCAUCAUCAUCACAAAAUACCUCGAAUUUUUACUUUUUUAAACACAAUCCAAUUAUUGUGUUCUUGACUGAAAGAAUGCUUCCCCUUUAAAAUAUAACGUACGCUAAAACUGAUCACAUAAAGCCAAUUACACACUCACCAAGUUACAGAAUAUUUAAAAAGACGUCAGGCUGAUAAUAGCCAUUUUAGGCAUAUUUUGUCAGUUCCCAAAGUUUAGGUAAGAAUUUUUUUACAACGCUUCAGCCUUGUUUUGUGAGACAUUUGUGAGCCCGAGAAAGAACUAGCAUUGUUUCUCCCAAAGCAAUAAACUUUUUUAACGGACCUAAGAGGUCGCGCGCCUCCUUCAGCUCAAUUCUGAAUAAAAUAUUAGUUGGAGAAUGCUUAGUUAUUUUGAGCUUCAAAAGUUUUAUUAUUAUUAUUAUUAUUAUUAGUAUUAUAGCGGGGCUCCCGCGCGCGCGAAGCGCGCGUGGGACAGAGCCCCAUACCCAUGGAAUAUGGUCAACCUCUUUUCGUUUGGUUGUCACGUGAUUGACCGAGCGUACGUACGUACGCGUCUACAGAUUGUAUGGGUGGGGUAGGGGAGACUAUCAAAAGGAAGGGAGGGGUGCCUCAGGCGUGUCUUGGCAAGUCCACAUCUUUAAUAUAGGACAUUAACAAUAUGGUCAAUUGACAGCUGUCCAAAUAGGAUAGCCACUGACCAGUAUCCCAUGACCAUAUCGCGGGCUCAUGUGUCAACUCAUCGAGGUGACGUGAUUUAUUUGGAAGCUGUCCGCUGACCAGUUAACUGUUUUACUAGAUCGCGAACAACGUUCAAUCUCAUACUUUUACUAGUUUGGGAGCACAGGAAAACUGAUAAUGCACACAUAUUGGACAUCAAUGUUUUGAUCAAUUGACAGCUGUCAAAACAGAGUACCCGCUGACCAGUAUCACUUGACCGUAUCGCGGGCUCAGGUGUCGACCCGGUGUCGACCCAGGUGUCGACGUCGAGGUCAAGUAUUUUUUGAAGUUAUCCGCUGACAAGUAAACUAGUUUUCAAGUGAUCGCAGGCUCAAGUUCAAUUUUUUUUCUUAAUUCAUAUGAAAUAUGUUGUGUUUAUGUGCUGCACAAUUAAAAUUUUGAUUGCAAACUGACCUCGGACGUGAAAAUUCAGCCAGCUGUUACAGGCAGGGAAGACAGUUGCUUUUGUUUUUUCUCACAAUGGUCACGCGUUGCUCACGCUCUACGUCCAAUUUUUAUGCUCUGAUUGGUCAAAAUUUGACAUGUGAGUUCAUGCGCAAAAUUUAUGCAGCAUCUUGAAUCUUGUUUACUUUAACAGCUGAAGCUGACAGAGUUUUGUGUCAACUUGUGAUGUUUUUAACUGUCUUUUUCCACUGGAUGUACAAAAUGAAAUUCAGCUGCUAUCAGGAGUCUUCUGUUACUCAUGGCUAGUUUGUUUAUUGGGUUUUUGGUUGAGAAAACGUCGCUUGUCAAAGUCGGAAAUCCGAUUUCGGAUGGCAUCGUUUUCGUUUUCACCUUGCUUGAUGCGUAAGAGGAUUGCAAAGUCUGAAGCGAUACUGGCUUUACCUGAUAACUUUCAGGAGCUGCAUCUCGAAUGGUAAGCCAGAGAAAUUAUUGUAUUUCAUGUUUGUUUUUUUGUAUCUAAUUUAAUGAAGUGGAGCGUAGUUUAUGCGGGAAUUUAGUUUAUGCGCGUUUGUAAGUUUUGAGACAACAAUCUCACCGAGUAUCUGGUUUGAUAUAAUCUUACAGAACUUCAAAAAGCCUUUAGACAGUUUCUCACCGCAAAUAGAAAGAAAAUGUUCCAAAGAAUCUUUAGUUAUAAUUCUAGCCGGAAAAGAAAGCUUUGAGCGAUUUUCUUGCCUCGAGUUCGUCUUUGAAAAAACAAACACCGGGAAGCUGGCUUAAAACAUAAACUUCAGCAAACUUAAGCUUGAAGCUUGAAGACUCAGAAUAUUUAGGGACACUUUAAUACUUGUCUUCCUGAAUGAAAAUUGUUGUCUCUGUUUAUGUUUCACCGAAUUAUAUUUCUUUUAUUGAUUGUUGGUAGUCUCUCGCAAUUUUAAUCGCUAUGCCGAUUGUUUUCAGUCGUUCAGUGAACAUCGCUUGCAGGAGUUCUCAAAAUGCCGCGCGUUAAACCAUCAAAUAAAAAAUAAACAUGAUAAAUUCUUUAUUAUCUUGGAGCGUAACUCUGUUAAUGUUCAUUCAAACACUCGCUACAGCUCGCACUACAAAAGUGAGAACCGGAUGGGCGUAUAGGUGAUUUUGGAAAAUUUUUUUAACAGUUUAUGAAUAUUGAAUGAGAGUAAUUUGUAUUGUGAAAUACUGCUUUCUGUCCAUGGUAUAAAAGGUUGGUUUACACGCACCCAGAUUUGUUGGCAAGAUUUUCCAAAGUAAACUUGUCGAACGCCAAAACGUUGGCCUGAUUUUUUUUCUAAGCCUAAUUGAUCUACGGUGAUCAAUAGCCAUUACGGCUCUUAAAUGUGAUAAAAGAUGAUUACCAGUUUUUGAGUGUACAUAUGAGGCUAUCAACUCGAUGUAAGAUUUGGUUCACUCUUGGGCUGUUUGCAAAUUAUUUUUCUCUAAAAUCAGGUAGCCUUUCCCUCAAAAGUCACAUAAAUGUGCUCUAAAGUUAACUGAAUUGUGGAAUUCGAAUACAAGUUUAUUGUUUAAUUUAAAUUAUAAAUUUACUAAUGGGAGCCUCGCUUUUUGCCCUGGCUAAAUCUAUAUAUUUAUUAUUAUUAACCACUUAUAACGCGACUGCACGUUUCAAGCGCCGCAAAACAGUUUUGCUUUGCUGAUGACGCAACCGGAAGUGGUUCCCUGCAAGACGUGAGGAAAUGGUGGGAUGAACUAUCCGAGAGUGGCCUUCCGCUGGGUUACUUCCCCAAUGCCAAGAAAUGUUGGUUGAUCAUCAAACCGGAACGAGAACAAGCUGCCAGCGAGGUGUUUAGAGGCACCGCUAUUAAUGUCACCAUAGAGGGUCACAAGCACUGAGGCGCGGCUCUCGCGUGUUCAAUUUAGCGUGGAUCACGCAAUGGUGUGUCAGCGCGGCGGCUUCAUUAUUCAACGCCAUAAUGAACUGCGCGACUUGGAAGCAGAGAUGCUAAGGAUGGUCUGUAAUUAUGUGGAAGUAGAGCCGGUCCUGCAGGAGGUCACUGAGGAGACAUUAAAUAAUGGCGCUAACAAAGCCCCUGAUGCCCGUUUCGAUGUUCAUGCUUGAGAUUUUUAGGAGAGACAGAGAUCUGCAUUCUUUGACGUCCGGGUGUGUCACCCUAAUGCAGACUCUUACAGAGACUUGACUCCUCAACAGAUCUACAAGAAGCAUGAGAACGAGAAGAAGAGGCAGUAUGCGGAAAGAGUAAUGGAGAUCGAACAGGGAACGUUCACUCCUCUAGUUUUCACGACCACAGGUGGAAUGGCGGAUAUAGAGAUUACUUCAUGGAAAGCGCGUGCGUACGGGAUUUUCACACGAGUUGGUGAAGUAUCUGAAAUCGAACGAGUGAGCGCAGCGAACGAGUGAGAUUUCUGAUACAAAACCAACGAGUGUGAAAAUCCCGUACAAAGCGCUUUCCAUGCUGUAAUUUGUUCAUUUUAUACAUACUAAGAUUUUUUUUAUUUAUCCAGCUUUAAUUGGUUCUCUAAAAUAAUUACAAAACUCCUGUAUUAAAUUCUCUUCGAAAAAUUAAGUCUUUACUAAAAUCGACGUGUAAAAAUAUCACCAAUCAAAAAUCAUAACUGGUGCAAAGGAUAGCAAACAUUUCAAUUCUUAAUUAAAUAAGGAAAUAACGAAAGAAACAAAGCCAAGUCAAGUUUGUCACUGCGUAGGGCUGUCUUCGUCUGACGAUUCAAACACGCGCUUGAUGCGUUUGAAGCUUCGUGUAAUCCAAGAACUAUAAGUAAUCUUAACUGUUUGUUCUCAAUGCACAAUUGAAAAUGAGUGAAUUUAAGUAAAAUAGCCAGUUUCAAUUAUAAGCUUAAGCUUAAAUGGUUAAAUGAAAGGCAAAGUAGCUCCAACAAAAAGCACAACGAAAGCUUACGUCUCGUUCUGUUUAUCCCUUUCCGCUGUUGUUUCGCCGGUUCUUGUUUUUUUGGUCUUCGAUAAACUUGACUAUAGGUUUGUCUAGAGACACAAAUCUUCUUGAUUGUUCAGCCAUGCUCAAAAAUACCUCCAAGCUCUUGAUAAGUUUGAAUUACGAGCAACUCGAGUACACCGAAAAUAUUAUCUUGUGAAAGCUGCCCGACAAAGCUACCCGCGAUGACCGGGAAAAAGCCUGCGAAAACACAAUUCGCUUAAACCGUGGUUUGUGAUUGGACGAAACGAUUUUUUCACGUGUGAGAAACUCGUUUCGCCUCUCUGAUUGGUCGAAGUAAAAUCCGAAACGCUUUUUCACACAGCAAAAUUUGAUGCGAAAAUCUCAGUAUAUAUAAAAUAAAUGUGUGUCAGGUACCGCAGCAGACUUGCGGAGCUGAUCGCAAAUACGGAGGGAGAAAGGUUACUCAAGCGCAAUUUCCUGGAUAAGAGCUAAAGUAUCUUUCGCCAUCGUACGCUCUGCUAUACUGUACUUGAGAGGCUCAAGAUCCAGAAGAAAACAGCUAGACUUUGUUGACUCAGACCAACAAAUUGAUAAUAUUAGAGCCUGCCCGAAUUAAUUUUUGUUGUUGUAGUUUUUUUUGUUUUUGUUUUUGUUUUUUUAAAGAAUUAGGAAUUUAGGAAUACGAGAUUUUUAUUUUUUUUUAAUAUCAGAGACGGAUUUGUAAUGACUUAAUUUAAAACUCUGGACUGCCUGCAAGAGUCAGUGACCGCAUCUGAGCCGCAAGGAACGUAUUUGUGAAAUCGUUAUUGACACAGUGAUUGCUAUUUUUAUUAUUUAUACUAUUCUUAAUGUUAUAUAGUGCUUAAUUCUUACUCCAAAUAUUUCUGUAAAUUAUAUACAUAUUUUUUUAAAGUUGAAUAACAUUAUUAUAUUAUUAAAAAAAUUAUUAUUAUUAUUAUUAUUAUUAUGAUUAUUAUUUAUCUGUCUGAGCCAUUGUUAUGGCAUAGUUUGGAUACUUAUCUACUUCCUGAUCAAUUCUCCUUUUAACGUCGGUGACCUUCAAGAUCCUUAUGAGUUGUGUGGCUCACAGUCUCUUUGACUUCUCUGAUUGAAUGUCGGUUCGCUCGAUCGAUUUGGGUCAUCGUACAGGUGAUAACUGUAUGUUUUAUUUGUUGAAUGUUCGUAUUCUCUCUCGUCUUUGUAUAAACUAGAAAAUUGGCACUAAAACAGACCUGAAAUCCUUUGUUGGUACUACUUUCUGGAUGGCACCGGAGAUCCUACGGGGAGAAGGAUACGGACGAAAUGCAGACAUCUGGUAUGUUCCGAGAACAGAACUGCAACUAGCUGGAUGUCGUUGAGUUUCAGUAACUAAUUACUAGCAAUUUCUUUUUUUGUUUCCCUAACCGCUUCUGAAUGAGUCAAGGUUCACAUAAAAUGAUAAAUAAGCGCGGACUGAUUACGGAUCUCAUUUGUCCUGAUGAUAAGACUCGAGUUUUCCAAGCAAAUGUUACUGCCACUUGAUACCCUCCCGGGGUACUUUAGGAAUUUCUGGGUGGGGAUGUGCCGCUGGGACCCUGGAACCCUUAACCUAUACUAGAGCUAGUUCAGCUGAAUUUUGCUACCCUAUACUAGAGUAAACUCCCCAAAUCCCCCUAUCCUAGAGUAGCUGUUUACGUAGUCUAGAUAAAAUCUUCAACCAACUGAUCAGUUUCCUAAAAAAUGACACCCUAUUCUAGACCCAAGCGCUCUGAUUUAUAUACCCUAUCCUACAGUAAACUGCUUGAAAACCAUACCCUUCACAGGCGGCACAUACCUAUAUAGCCCAUAUAUGGCAGUACCCCCCCCCCGGGGAUACCCUCCAAAUCAUCUUUUCCUCUAUUCAAAUUUCGUCUUUCGUUUGUUUUUUUUUUCGCAUAUACUUAGUCACAAAAUCUUACAUUGUUGUUAGUAAGAGACAGACCUUAGUUUAUACUUUGCAAAUUUGUCCCUCACAAAACGGUAGGCAUUCCAAACUUAAAAGCAAUAUUUUUACAUUGAAAGAUUUUCUGAUUUUGUAGGGAGAAAUGUCAAAUUAAGGAAAAUUCGAGUAAAGGCCAACAGCAUAAAAGGCGAAUUGCGUUUUGAGUUCUCUUGCGCUGGACGUGUGCGUUGGACGUUGAGUGUAAGAUAUAUUCAGGUAAACGUCCAACACAAGAGCACACUAAACGCUAAAGUUCGAGUCAGGACGUCGCCGUCCAUUUUGUCUGCAUUCAUUUCUUGAUGACAAGCAAAGAAGCAUUUGAAGCGAAGCUUUGAAGGAAAGUACGCAGACAGACAGGCAGAAGGGAUCAAUUCUGGGGUCGUUAUUGUGGGGGAUCGUUUUCAGGAUUCAAUGGCAAACAUCGAUGUUGUAAUUAAGAAGAAGCUUUACUAAGUCAAAUAUUCUGCUUUUAGGAGUGUUGGCUGUACUGUAGUAGAAAUGCUGACAGGAGACCCUCCUUUGAAGAAUCUUGAACCACAGGCAGCCAUGUUUCGCAUUGGCAGUAAACCCCUCGUUGUUCAGGAGGAACUGCCAGAGAGCACCGAAGAAGCAAGAGACUUUGUGCGCGCCGCAUUGACUUGGUUAGUGUUAUUGCGUUAUUGACAAUAGGUUGGGCUAGGUAUUGGCUAGUUUUUACUUUUAGCUCAAAACUGAUUAAACGGAUAAACUGCCCUGUUGAAACUAGGCGUAAUUUCCAUUAACAGUAAGAGGUAUACUAGAAAUACCCAAAGGUUAAUGAGGUUAGUGAGUUUGGCGAUAAGGAUAGGAGGAUUCUGAGGUUAAGUUUAGUUGUCAGAUUUACGGAAGGGAUAAAAAAUAGCAUCGAAGUAGGGAACUUCGAAACCAAUAUGAUAAAACAACCAACGUUCAAUAGUCUGUGCAACGAAAUAAAUGGUACACGUUCUGCGUGUUUUCAGUGCUAGUCCCAGGUCAAGAAAAUGUCUGAGUGGAAACAUGGCGAUACAGUUAAAUAUAUCUCCACAAAGUAUGAGUGAUCCUUAACAGUACUGCAAUCUACUCAGCGGUAAAAGAACAGUAAGAGAGUCUUAGCGUGUUGCUCCUCUCUGUCCCUUUUGUAAUCAAAGUACAAGAAAACUCCACAGCUCCAUGUACGUCUUUUCCGUACCCACAUGCAUGUAACCAUAUUUGGAUAACUCUACGUGAUUGAAACGUUGUUCUGUCUCACUUUGUAAUAACACUUGUCGCACUUUUUAAUAACAGACCAUCGCACUUUGUAAUAAAAUCAGCUGUCGCAUUUUGGAAGAACA